GAAGCUGCCCCAUGUCCUGGGCCCCAUGACCUCUGGGGCCUUGGCUUCCCCAGCUGGCAGAGGAUUGGGCCUUCCCUGGGGGCCCCCCUUUCUCCCUCCCACCUCGAGGGCCCAUCCAUCUCUCUCUCUCUCUUACACACACUCUUGCCUCUCUCAGGCAUUUGUUGUGCAGUUCCUCUUUGUCUGCUGGGCACGAGGGCAACGGCAUCUGCCUCCCCCUCCCUGUGCACACCCCCCACCCCCACCCCUUUCCUGGCUUGGGAAAGGGAUGCUGUAGCCUAGCAUUCCCCCCCACCAGACACACAUAUACAUUCUCUCCAGCCCCCUCCGCAAGCACAUCCAAGCGUGUGCACUCGCUUGCGCUCUCCCUCUCUCCCUCUCUCUCUCACACACUCCCUCUCUCUCUCACACACACACACACACACACACCCUGGGCUGAGCUCCUCUUGCCGGCUGCAGCCGUGGGCCCCCGCUCACCGAGCCGCUGCCUGCGAAAUGACGGCGGUUCCCCUCACUUCCAGGAAUCCGCGCUUCCUGGAAGGUGAGUGGCUGGGCUCACCCCUGCCUGCCACCGAGACGCAGACAUGCACACACCACCCGCACUCCCUCGCCGUUUCCAAGGCGGCGGCCGCGUUCGCACCCCAGGGGCUCACCGGCAAGGGAAGGAUAAUCUGGAGAGGGAUCCCUCAGGAGGGUGUGUUCCGGAUUACUUGCCUCAGGCCCAAGACUCCAACCAUUUUAUAAUGGAAUCUUUAUUUUGUGAAAGUAGCGGGGACUCAUCUCUGGAGAAGGAGUUCCUCGGGGCCCCAGUGGGGCCCUCGGUGAGCACCCCCAACAGCCAGCACUCUUCUCCCAGCCGCUCACUCAGUGCCAACUCCAUCAAGGUGGAGAUGUACAGCGAUGAGGAGUCAAGCAGACUGCUGGGGCCAGAUGAGCGGCUCCUAGAAAAGGACGACAGUGUGAUCGUGGAAGACUCGUUGUCAGAGCCCCUGGGCUACUGUGAUGGAAGUGGGCCAGAGCCUCACUCCCCCGGGGGCAUCCGGCUGCCCAACGGCAAGCUCAAAUGUGAUGUCUGCGGCAUGGUCUGUAUUGGACCUAAUGUGCUCAUGGUGCAUAAGCGCAGCCACACCGGUGAAAGGCCCUUCCACUGCAACCAGUGUGGUGCCUCCUUCACCCAGAAGGGGAACCUGCUGCGCCACAUCAAGCUGCACUCUGGGGAGAAGCCUUUCAAAUGUCCCUUCUGUAACUAUGCUUGCCGCCGGCGUGAUGCGCUCACUGGCCACCUCCGUACACACUCGGUCUCCUCCCCCACAGUGGGCAAGCCGUACAAGUGUAACUACUGUGGCCGCAGCUACAAACAGCAGAGUACCCUGGAGGAGCACAAAGAGCGGUGUCACAACUACCUACAGAGUCUCAGCACUGAAGCCCAAGCUCUGGCCGGCCAACCAGGUGACGAGAUACGUGACCUGGAGAUGGUGCCAGACUCCAUGCUGCACUCAUCCUCUGAGCGGCCAACUUUCAUUGAUCGGCUGGCCAACAGCCUCACCAAACGCAAGCGCUCCACCCCUCAGAAGUUUGUAGGUGAAAAGCAGAUGCGCUUCAGCCUCUCUGACAUCCCCUAUGAUGUGAAUUCAGGGGGCUAUGAGAAGGAUGUGGAGUUGGUGGCACAUCACGGCCUGGAGCCUGGCUUCGGAGGCUCUCUGGCCUUUGUGGGGGCAGAACAUCUGCGUCCCCUCCGCCUUCCACCUACCAACUGCAUCUCAGAACUCACACCCGUCAUCAGCUCCGUCUACACCCAGAUGCAGCCCCUCCCCGGUCGACUGGAGCUUCCGGGGUCCCGAGAAGCAGGUGAGGGACCCGAGGACCUGGCCGAUGGAGGCCCUCUCCUCUACCGGGCCCGAGGCCCCCUGACUGACCCCGGGGCAUCCCCCAGCAAUGGCUGCCAGGACUCCACAGACACAGAGAGCAACCACGAAGAUCGGGUUGGGGGGGUGGUAUCCCUCCCUCAGGGUCCCCCACCCCAGCCACCUCCCACCAUUGUGGUGGGCCGGCCCAGUCCUGCCUACGCCAAAGAGGACCCCAAGCCGCAGGAGGGGUUACUGCGGGGCACCCCGGGCCCCUCCAAGGAAGUGCUCCGGGUGGUGGGCGAGAGCGGUGAGCCGGUGAAGGCCUUCAAGUGUGAGCACUGCCGAAUCCUCUUUCUGGACCAUGUCAUGUUCACCAUCCACAUGGGCUGCCAUGGCUUCAGAGACCCUUUCGAGUGUAACAUCUGUGGUUACCACAGCCAGGACCGGUACGAAUUCUCUUCCCACAUUGUCCGGGGGGAGCACAAGGUGGGCUAGCCACCUACUGCCCUCCCCUCAGUCCAUCACUUCACUGCCCUACCUACAGGAGUCUAGCUCUGUCCCCACUUCAUCCCAAGGAGUUUUGCUCGGUAGCCUCCACCACUGGCUACCUGACUUCACCCUUGGCCCUGACCCCUCCUCACCCAUUCUCCUCUACCCUGACUGACAUAAGCAUUGUGAUGAAACAGGCCUUUUCGAUUAUGUUUCUCCUCUUCCUCUUCUCCUCUCAUCCCAGCAUAUUCAGAGUUAUUUAUUAAUAUAAUUUGUGGAUUUUUCUUUUGCUUUUUUCUCUUAUCGGUCACUUGCCACUCCCCCACCCUCUGGCCCACAGCCCCCUCCCACUUUAGGCCUAAUUUUUCUUCCUUUGAUCCAGCUUUCUCUAACAGCCCUCGGGGUAGGAAGCUCCUCUUGGUCGUAAGAGUUCUGAGCUUCUUGUGUUAAGUCCUCACCUUUUGCAUUAUCUUUCCUUUCAAUGCUGAUAACUCCCUCUGGCCCUACCUGAGCUCUGUGGCAUUAUAUCUCCUCUCUGGGACCCUUCGACCUGGUACUCCAUACCUCUUGUGCCCUCUCACGUUAGGCAGCUCGCACUAUGCUUGAACAAAUGAAGAAUUUCCUCAUUGGGAAGUAGGAGGGGCUGAAGAAAUUCUCCCCAGGCACUGUGGGACUGAGGGUCCUCUUGACGUUCCCCUAGUAAUAUGAGUUCCUUAAAGCCCACAUUUGGGAAUCUCCCUCUGGGAUGUGAUCUAUCUCUUCUCUCCUCAAACAACCCCCAACACUGCUACUCUCUUCAACCUGCCAGUCUACUCAGUGGUGGUUUUUCUCUCCUUGGAGUGCCCCAACUUUAUAUUCUCAGGGGCCAAGGCUAGGUCUGCAAUCCUGUCCCUGACAUGUUGGGAGCCACAGGUGCCUAAUUGGGAACCAGGGCAUGGGAAGGGGGUGGGUUAAAAUUCUUCUUUCUCUUCCACCUCUAAUCGUCUUCACUCUAGUGACCUUCCUAGGCUCUCAGGGGCUCCUGCCGUCCCUCUCCUAUGAGAAACUAGUGGGUUGCUGCCUGAUGACAAGGGGUUAUCUCAACCCCUCAGUCAUGCUGCCUUCUUCUUCUCCCCCCUGCAGGAUUCACCCUCAUUCCCAGGCUUCUGGGCCCUGUUCUUAGGAUCAGUGGCAGGGAGAAAAGGGUGUCUCUUUUCUCCUAAUUUUCAGUAUAACCAAAAAUUAUCCCAGGACGAGGAAGGGCAUUUGCCCCUCACCUCAUUCCAUUCUUGUCCCAGCAAGAAUGGGAUGGGCACAACUGAACUGGGGGUCAUCCUCUACUGCCCCCUUCUACACUCAGUUCCCAGAUGUAGGGCAGGAGGGGGCAUGCUCCUCCUGGCCACAGCAGAGACCCCUGGCUUUUUGGGUAACCUAGUUAGUGAGAAGGGGGCAGGAGGAGAUACGGCUCCACUGUGAGUGGAGGUCUCUUUCUACAAGCGUUUUCUGCCCAAGGCCACAGCUAUCCCAUUCUCUGCUUCCUUGAGAUUCAAACCAAAGGCUGUUUUUCUAUGUUUAAAGAAAAAAAAAAAAAAAAAGAAAGUAAAAACCAAACACAACACCUCACAAGUUGUAACACUUGGUCCUUCUCUCUCUCUCCUUUUCUCUCCCCUUCCAUCUUUCUUUCCAUAUGUCCUUUCCUUAUUGGCUCUUUUGCCUCCUACUUUUCUCACUCCCUAUCAGGGAUAAUUUAGGGGGAUGGUGAAGGGUUGGCUAAGGAACAGACCCUGGGAUUGGGGCUCCUAAGGGCUCUAGGAAGAGUCUACCUUACCCUCUAUGGGAAGGGAGACCCUAGAAAAACUUUUCUCCCUUCUUUUUCUCCCCCACUAUGUAGUCUCCCUAAGAGAACCAGAUUGUCAAGGAGGGGCUUUGUGGGUUGAUGGUUCCUCCUUGACAAUGUAGCAAUAAACAGAUGUUGCCAAGGGCAGAGGAUGGGGGAGUUAGCUGGAAGGAGAUCAGUCUCUAGAGAAGGGGAGAGUCUUCUCAACAGUACCCCAGGGAACUGGCUCCUUCUUUCAGAAUGGCAGCAGAGCUGAGAUUAAUAUCUAGGGUUCUUCUCAACUGUUGUGGUUAUUGAGCCCCUUCUUGUUAGACCUACCCCUUACCACCUCUUUUUCGUCUGCUGUGUACUUGGUGACACCUCAUAAGAACUAGUCCCUUCUAGGGUAUCAGAGCCUUAGGGUGCCCCUGUCCCCUCCCCCAGUCAGCUCUGGCACCUGUAACCUCCUGGAACAUGAAGGACUAUGCUCUGAGGCUAUACUCUGAGCCCAUGAGAGCAGAGACUGGAAGGGCAAGACCAGGUGCUAAGGAGGGGAGAGAAGGGCACUCUGUCUCUCUCCAGACCAUCACUGCACUUUAACCAGGGUCUUAGGUACAAAAUCCUACUUUCCAGAGCCUUCCAGGUCUGGAACCUCAAACAUCCUCAUGCUCUCUCCCAGCUCCUUUUGCAUAAAAAAAAAGUAAAGAAAAAGAAAAAAAAAAAUUGAAACCCACAUGGAGAAAAGAGGUGUUUUCCUUUUAUAUUGAUAUUCAAGACCAACACCACACGAGAAAAUUUCUAAAUAGACACUUUUCCAGACCUUUGUUUUUUUGUGUCAGUGUCCAAGCUGCGGAUGGGAUUUUGUAAUACUUUCAGCAGCUUCUUUCCUUGUGUACAUAAUAUAUAUAUAUAUUAUAUAUAUUUUUAAUCAGAAGUUAUGAAGAACAAAAAGAAAAAAAAUAAAACACAGAAGCAAGUGCAAUACCACCUCUCCUCUCUCUCUCUCCCAGGGUUUCAUUUGUAGCCUAUGCUUGGUGUCUCCUUGGACCUUACCCUUUCACCUCCCCCUCUUCCUUUGGUUCUCCCUCCCCCUUUUUUUAAAGGGUUUUUCUCCUUUCUCAAGGGGAGUUAAACUAUCUUUUGAGACUUAUUGCAAAGCAUUUUGUAUAUGUAAUAUAUUGUAAGUAAAUAUUUGUGUAAUGGAGAUAUACUACUGUAAGUUUUGUACUGUACUGGCUGAAGGUCUGUUAUAAAUAAACAUGAGUAAUUUAACACC